CAUGACCAUGACAUCAUCACAGGUCCUUUCACUUCCUAGGACCUAGUGUCUACAUGAAGCUUCUCUCACGUGUAGCUGGAGGCUGCGGUACCGCAGUACGCUUCGGCUUCCACUAUGUUUGUCAUAGUAGAGAUGGUGGACACGGUGCGGACGACUCCAUGGCAGUUUGAACGCAAAUUAAAUGACUCAAUUGCUGAAGAACUAAACAAGAAAUUGGCCAAUAAGGUUGUGUAUAAUGUUGGCCUGUGCAUUUGUCUGUAUGACAUCACUAAGCUGGAGGACUCCUACAUUUUCCCUGGUGAUGGAGCUUCUCACACCAAAGUCCAUUUCCGCUAUGUUGUCUUCCAUCCCUUCCUUGACGAGAUCCUUAUGGGGAAAAUCAAAGGCUGCAGCCCUGAAGGAGUUCACGUAUCUCUCGGAUUCUUCGAUGAUAUUGUUAUACCCCCGGAGUCCUUGCAGCAGCCGGCUAAAUUUGAUGAGGCGGAACAAGUUUGGGUUUGGGAGUAUGAAACAGAGGAAGGCGCUCAUGACCUCUACAUGGAUAUCGGUGAAGAUAUCCGAUUCCGCGUUGUAGAUGAGACCUUUAUAGAUACUUCUCCAACUGGACCGAGUGCUUCCGAGUCAUCCUCCUCCACCGCUGCAGAAGAGACGCAACGUAAAGAGGCACCGUACACAUUAGUGGGGUCCAUAAGUGAGCCUGGACUGGGUCUUCUUUCCUGGUGGACGAACAAUUGAAGAUCAAGGAAUUUAACACCGUUCACAUUUCUCCAACAAAACUUUUGUUAAACAAAUGGAGCCAACCUGAAGUUACCAGGAUGAUGUAACAAAAAGGAGUGAAGAUUUGUGAAUAAUAUGCUCACGAGACGUGUGGACUCUCCAUAGAAGUGUUUUAAUUUACCUUUUUUGUACAGUUUAAGAAAAGUGAUGGAACUUGUAAAUGAAUAUGUCUUAUGGCAUAAAAUGAUGUAAUGCUUUCCUA